AUGGCGGCAGGCGGCUUGAUUCAAUUUGGUGGGGUGCAGGACGACGGGGUGGACGCGGGCCGACUGGAGCCGAAGACGGGGAUGAUCCAGUGCGCCUACCACGGCUGGGAGUUCGACCGCCGCGGCGCCUGCACCCGCAUCCCGCAGGUCGAGGAGGAGGUGGAGGCCAAAAUGCGCGCAAGCCCGCGCGCCUGUGCGGUGCCCUUCCCCGCGCGCGUGGCGCUCAGGUGCCUCUGGGCCUGGCUAGGCCCGGGCGAGCCAGUGGGCCACCCCGAGGACGGCCUGGCGGACACGCCCUUGCGAAGCGUUGAGGUCGUCGACACGUACUCGCGAGACGUGCCCUUCGGCUACGAGCGCUUCCCGGAGCUGCUCGUGGACGCGUCCGCGCUGGGGGAGGCCGCCUGGCACUUUUUCUGCCUCCGGCAGCCUGAGAUGACCGUUCGAUUCUUCCACCUUCGCCUGACCCGGCACUUCCCUACAGGUGGCUAG